CUCCAUUGCGUUAGUUCGCCGCAACGACAGCAGAUGGUUCUGAAAUCGAUUUCCUUUUCGCGUAGAUGAAGUAGCGUAAGCGUGGCUAAUCAAGGUACAAAAAGAAAAAUGAGCAGCUCAGAGGAGGUAUCAUGGAUUUCUUGGUUUUGUGGACUUCGUGGAAAUGAGUUUUUUUGCGAGGUGGAUGAGGAUUACAUACAGGACAAAUUUAAUUUGACGGGUCUAAAUGAACAAGUGCCGCAUUAUAGACAAGCUUUGGAUAUGAUAUUAGAUUUAGAACCAGAUGAUGAGUUAGAUGACAACCCAAACCAAUCCGACUUGAUCGAACAAGCCGCGGAAAUGUUAUACGGUUUAAUCCAUGCCCGAUAUAUUCUAACAAAUCGUGGAAUUGCUCAAAUGAUAGAAAAAUAUCAGACUGGCGAUUUCGGAUUUUGUCCAAGAGUUUACUGCGAGUCGCAGGCGAUGUUGCCGCUUGGGCUGUCCGAUGUUCCUGGCGAAGCAAUGGUCAAAUCGUACUGUCCAAAAUGUAUGGACGUUUAUACGCCAAAAUCUUCGAGACACCACCACACAGACGGUGCGUAUUUCGGCACCGGUUUUCCACACAUGUUGUUCAUGGUGCACCCCGAGUACCGGCCAAAACGCCCCACCAAUCAGUUCGUUCCUAGGCUAUUUGGCUUCAAAAUUCAUCCAUUGGCAUAUCAAUUGCAACAGCAGGCUGCGUCUACAUUCAAAACACCAUUGAGAACUUUGAAUUUUAACAAUGGAAAACGCUAAUAUUUUUUAAAAUUAUAACCAAGAGAAUAAAGUAUGUUAGUUAAUGUGUUGAUGGAAUUUUUUUUAAAAGUGAUACUUUCUUAUGGACUUGAGUUUAACUUAUGAAUACCAAAAAUAUGAUUUUCUGUUGUUGUUGUUUCCGGUAUUGUUAUUUUCUUUCUACUACCUACUACAAGUGUUUUUUUAUUCCAUCAAGUAACAUUUACCAAUGGUAUAGAAAAAUUAAAGUGCAGUAUAACUAUGUCUAUACUGAUUGUAAAAUAAAAGUAACUUCCCUUAACUCUAAAUAAGAGAGAUUGGGUACAAUAAAUAAAUUUCUUUUUUAAUAGCUAUUUGUAGGUUAAUUAUUUAUGUUACAUGCUAUAUUGUUCAUAUAUAAUUUUAAUAUGUAAAAUACAAAUUAUUAAUAAAACGCAUGACUAUUUAUUUAUGAAA